AUGCCCGAAUCGAAAGAUCCAGCGAGCAUUCGACAAGCCCUAGAGCGCGCUCGGAAUUGUGAAGAUGGCUCGGUGGACGCGCAGACAACAGCUCUCUUGGAAGCAGCCAUCACGGAACUAUGGAAUCGAAUCCAGGCCGAGCCUGAUACCUACGUGCUAAGUCGGGACGAGUUCGCCCUCUUCAACUACUUCCUCGAACGCUACCGCGGUACGCCCGUGGCUCAACGGGCCGUGGCCCGGUUUUGGAACAACUACCAUGGUUCAUCGAACUCCGAUGCCGCGGGCAAGAAAUAA